AUCUCGCGUGAAGUGUGUAGUGACAGUCCUUGACUUGCACGUCUCGUUCCAGCGAGUUCUAUUUUUGUUGUGAUUACGUGUUUUUCGGUGGAAAAAUAUUUUUUAUUCUAUUUUAACGCAUGUAAUCGAAAAUCAGAUCCUUAGGUCUCCGCCUUUGAAUCUCUGAAUGAUCAAGGUUUUUUAGUUACUAUACCUAGUUCGACGCUUUUAGACAUUGUGGACUCUUCGAUCGAUUUUUGUGAGCGAUCUUGACUUUUUUUAAACCAUAAAUUAUAUGUAAAUUUGAAUUCUCGUUGAGGAAUCAUAAUCAACCACCAGGAGAAAAUUUUUGGCUCUACUGAAAGUGACAACGUGCGCGUGUUUACAACUCAAAAGACUUUUACAUGGGGAAUUCAUUUAAUCAUCAAUUACUAAAUUCAAAGCAUUUUAAAAUGAACUCUUGCAAAGUCCAAGAUAAAUAUUUCUAGUUUCGAGAUGCUAAAAAUAUCUCGAUCGACCAGUGCGACCUUCCACGUAACAUAAUGACUCGCGACUCUUGGAAAUAAAAUAUUUAGCACUUCUUAAAGAGGUCAGUUUAUAAUUAAGAGCAAAAUGGACAUAUCUUCGAAGUAAGCAAAAAAAGAACGUGAUUAAACAAACAAAAAACAAUGUUGAGAAUUUGCAGCUGCAUUAUUUAGUCAUGGAGGACGCAGCGUCGCUGAAUGGAGGGGACAAUAAUAAAAAAAAUAAUGGUUACUACGAUCUAAUUGGUGAUGGCGAUACAGAUAGCAUGACACCUGGAAAUGAAGUCGAUUCUGAAAAUCGUUAUUUCUUCUCUGAAAAUCAGUGAAACUCGAACAUACACACUGAUCGGGAGAUUUCAGUUAUUCAUAGUCAAUUUUGUGCAAGUGAUCGUGAGUGAAGGAAGAAAAAUAACAUAUAAUAAGGAUAUAUUUUUAAAAAACAAUCAUAAAAUGCAGCGUGAUAUCAUGUUUAACCCUGUGGAUGUGGAUUCUCCAAAAUCGUUGAAACGAUUCCAACCUUUCGCUUUUGUAGGAAGUGAAAGUCCUGUAUUUGGUCAUGAAGCUGGAGCUGUAGGUGGAAGAUUAACAGCCCUUGAACUUCCGAAUGAAAUUUCUGCUCCCUAUGAAGUUCCUCAGUUUCCCAUCGAGCAAAUCGAGAAGAAACUUCUCAUUCAACGACAACUUACAGUCAAAGCUGCAAAGGAUCUGGAGGAGAGAAGAAGUCAUUAUGAACCAUCACUUGGACCAGGAGUUCCAGAUGAUAUCGAGCAUCCCUUCAAACUUGAAGAAAAUGACUUUGUGCCACAUUUCCAACGAGUAUCCAUCUCCGGGGAGGAUACUUCCGGGGUACCACUGGAGGAUUUACAGCAAGCCUCACGGAUGUUGGUACAAGCUCUCGCAAUACGAGAGAAAUACAUGAACAAUUCCAAACAGACCUUUCCAACAAUUACCUCAAGGUUUUUGCGAAGCGUAGAUAAGAGACCUUAUUCCACUGAUGAUGAGGUUCAACACGAUGAUCGAAAAUGUAUCAAAGGGGCGAGUGCAACUUCUUUCGAGAGAGAAUUCUCAGAGAUUCGCUCUGAUGCAGACAUCGACGCCGUCAUCAAGAACGUGCCUCUGACAGAUCAUCCAGUGCAUGCGCCAGCUUCUCGCGGAGAUCCCUGGGCCUGUGAAUUCCCUCCGUCGAAGAACUACAAAAUUGCACCUAUCAACGGUGUCUUCAAUUUAUACGCAAAUGAGGAGGACCUCGCUAAUAAGAAACCAGUGCCAUAUUCUUAUCCGGACUUGGCAACCUUCGUUGGAGACAUGAACAUCCUUUGUGCGAUGAUAGCCGAUGGACCAUUGAAAUCCUUUUGUUAUAGAAGAUUAAGUUAUCUCUCCUCUAAAUUUCAAUUGCACGUUCUGCUCAACGAACUCAGGGAACUCGCGAGUCAGAAAGCUGUACCUCAUCGAGACUUUUACAACAUUAGAAAGGUGGACACGCAUAUACACGCAGCAUCUUGCAUGAACCAGAAACACCUACUCAGAUUCAUCAAGAAGACUUUGAAGAAUCACGCAGAUGAGGUCGUUACUUGUUCCAAAACUGGAGAGACUAUGACACUUCGCGAAGUCUUCCAAUCCAUGAAUUUGACGACCUACGAUCUCAGUGUUGACAUGCUCGAUGUUCAUGCUGACAGAAACACGUUCCACAGGUUCGAUAAGUUCAACGCAAAGUAUAAUCCAAUUGGUGAGAGUCGUCUCCGCGAAGUUUUCCUCAAAACGGAUAAUUACCUCAAUGGGAAAUAUUUCGCGAGGAUAAUCAAAGAGGUGGCGAGUGAUCUCGAGGAGUCAAAGUACCAGAAUUUGGAACUCCGUCUCUCCAUUUAUGGCAAGAAUCCUGAUGAGUGGGACAAAUUAGCCAAAUGGGCUAUCGAGGGUGACGUUUCUUCGGACAAUGUUCGCUGGUUGAUUCAAAUUCCAAGAUUAUACGACAUCUUCAAACUUAACAAACUCAUGACGAACUUCCAAGAGAUACUUGACAACAUUUUCUUGCCUCUGUUCGAAGUGACCAAUGACCCUAAUACGCAUCCCGAACUUCACAAGUUCCUUCAAUACGUAAUAGGUUUCGACUCCGUGGAUGAUGAAAGUAAACCGGAGAAUCCUCUUUUCGACAAAGACGUUUGUCCCCCAGAGAAGUGGGAGGAUAUUGAAAAUCCACCCUACGGUUAUUAUCAGUACUACACAUACGCCAAUAUGACAGUACUUAAUCAUUUCCGAGCGGAGCAAGGAUUGAAUACAUUCGUUCUGAGGCCUCAUUGCGGAGAAGCAGGGCCGAUUCAGCAUUUAGUUUGUGGCUACAUGAUGGCCGAAAAUAUCUCCCAUGGUCUUCUACUCCGUAAAGUUCCCGUUUUGCAGUAUCUUUACUUCCUGGCGCAAAUAGGAAUCGCGAUGUCGCCCCUGAGCAACAAUUCGCUCUUCCUUAAUUAUCAUCGGAAUCCCCUUCCGGAAUAUUUAGCCAGGGGGUUGUGUGUUAGUCUUUCUACGGAUGAUCCGCUUCAGUUCCACUUUACUAAAGAACCUCUGAUGGAAGAAUACAGUAUUGCUGCUCAAGUUUGGAAAUUGAGUUCAUGUGACAUGUGCGAGCUCGCAAGAAAUUCUGUCAUUAUGAGCGGAUUCCCACAUAAGAGCAAGCAAUAUUGGCUUGGGCCGAAUUACACGAAAGAAGGAGUCGCAGGAAACGACAUAACGAGAACCAACGUUCCAGAUAUUCGAGUUGCCUAUCGAUAUGAGACUUUGGUAGACGAGCUCUCCAAUAUCUUCAAGGUGGUCGAAAAGCCUGACGGAUUCUAGCGUUUAAGUCCCUCUUAUAUUUUGUCCAUUGCCGCCAGCAGAUUUGCAAUUUAAUUUUCAAAUUGCUCUCAAUUUACACAGAUCACGUCAAUCCCGAAGAUCAAUGAAUCUAACCAUCUUGUCUUUCCAUGAUUGUGAUCCACCUUCCUAAGUUUAAACAAUUCCACUCCCGGAAUUUGUCCUGCGCUUUGCGGCAUUUAAUUUUCUCCGCUAAAAUUACAAAUUUCGGAUAAUUCCGCUAAUAUCAUUACGUCAAUAGUGAGUUUCUAUUUUAUCGUGGCUGUUAAACUGUAUUUAGUAUAAAAAGGAUUCUAGUGUUAUAAAACAUUACUUAAUCUAUACAAAUAAUUAAUUGAAUGAGUGAAACCUACGGCUGACCAAAGUAGGUUUUAGGAACUGUUGUAAGUUAUACAGUUGCUGCUAAUUGUAAGAGUAGAUAGUGGCUGUAACAAAACUUUUAAAAAAAUUGCAAAUAGCCAGCAUUAUUUACGAAGCAUAAUAAUAUCCGAGAAAUCGAAUGCAGCUAUGUUAUAGUUGUACCUUAUUAUUUUUUUUACUGUUUUUGUACGUUUAUACGGUCAUCGUACAAUUAUUUUUAUUUCAUUUUUAUUUUUAUUUUUAUUGCAGUUAUUUUGCGAUUAAGUUAACUCCUGCUAGUUCUUUACCGCCAUCGAAAAAAAGACAAUACAGAUAGAUAAAUCAAGCGAAUUUAAAAUAUUUUACUCUUUAUUUAAUGUUAGCCACAGGGGAUUCGCACUCUUGAUAACUGCUCGGGUUUAAAAUCUAAUGCAUGCGGUUUGUCCUAAAUAUUAUUAGCGUUAAGAAUUGCAAUUAUUGUGGAAAAAAGAGUGUAUUUAUUGUAAGGAAUAUAUUCUAUAGAGAAAAUGCCUAUAAAAAUGAAUAUUCAUAUUUUCAA